UCUCCCCGGACCCUGCAUUCACUAUAUCUGGUCUCCCCCCGGACCCUGCAUUCACUAUAUCUGGUCUCCCCGGACCCUGCAUUCACUAUAUCUGGUCUCCCCGGACCCUGCAUUCACUAUAUCCGAUCUCCCCGGACCCUGCAUGCACUAUAUCUUCUCUCCCCGAACCCUGCAUUCACUAUAUCUGCUCUCCCCGGACCCUGCAUUCACUAUAUCUGCUCUCCCCGGACCCUCCAUUCACUAUAUCCGGUCUCCCAGGACCCUGCAUUCACUAUAUCUGGGACCCUACAUUCACUAUAUCUGGUCUCCCAGGACCCUGCAUUCAUUAUAUCUGGGCUCCCCGGACCCCGCAUUCACUAUAUCUGGUCUCCC